GAUAUUGCUUAGCGGCCACCGAUACAGGUGUGCAUUAUGUGAGCUUGUGUGUCUUGUCUUGUAAGCGUGUCAAUUCCAUGUCAGUUGAAAACACAGUUCAAACGCAGACGGUUGUACAGCGAGUCGCUGCUAAUAUUUGUACGAAUAUGCAAAUUAAACUUCAUCAAUGACGGACCCUUUAUUAUAAUGAGUUUUGUGGCAAAAAACAAUGUUUAUGCAGCCUGAUACGGUUCCCGGUAAGCUGGACGAGGGUUUCAGUAGACCGGUCGAGUCAAUAAUGAGAUGUGAGGACUUCAAGAGUAAUUUCGCCAGGAAGUUAUCGAAUCGAUUCAUAUCCAGGCAUGUCCCGACUCCGCGACAAGACAAUUCCCUGAAAUUAUGUCUCGACGAAAAAGCGCAAGAUGCCCAAGAGAGUUUCGAAGCGAACCAACUUUCGAAAUUUGUCGCAGAGCCAAAUUGUGAAACAGUCAAGCCUCCCGACAGACAGACUACCAGUUCAGACAUAAGGAGCACUAAAGUUAACGCGCUGAACAUGGAAGUGGAAACGUUGAGAUGGCAACUAGCGCAGACUGAAGCAAAUAGACAGAUGCACAUAGCUUUAUUGAGGCAGGUGGUGACGUUCUUGAGCAGAGUCAAGGAGCACAUUGAAGGUCAGAAAACGGAAGGAGAAACGGAAGCCACAAGAAUGAACAGGUCAUUCAAUGUCACCGACUUGCCACGAUCUCGGUCCGUCUUGCACGUCAACAAGAACCUGGAAUACACCCUGAGCCCUGUCAAAAAGAUUAACUCGCGUAAAAUAAGCAAGUCCAUCAGUAAUGUGAAUGGAUACAAAGACUGCAAUGUUUGGAGUCAAUCGAAAAUGGCUUUGACGUCCGAAACCGAAACAGCUUUUAAGCUAUCCGAAGAAAUGUCCAGACUGAUAAUUCUUGCCAACACUGUGUUAAGCACAAAACUGCCUGAUCUCGCGUGUAAUUGUAAUGAUAAUGAAGUGAAUGGAUCAAAGCAAACCGAAGACAACGAGGAGAUAUGUGAAAAAGAAUCGAAUGUUUCUGUAAGUAAUACUUCUGUAGGCGGCGAAGAUACGAAUGCAUUUGUCUUGAACACGAUAUGCGACAGCGAGGGAACAUACGAAGGCAUAACCAACAAAUUCAUUGAAACUAAAGAUAAGGGUAUAGCCGAUUUCAUAGUAUCACCGUCACCACUCACAUGUGGCCUAGAAAAGGACUUCGCAGUCGUAAAGAUUCAGGAAAAAGACAGCAAAAGAGAAACACGGACUACCAAGCCCCAAAACAGAUUCGAAAAACGAAACGAAUAUAACGCUGUAAACUUCAUUGAGGACGAAAGUGGAUUCUCAUCGAUGAGUUCCUUUCAAGAGAUCGGAAUUCCUAUAAUAAGUAUCAUACCGCCGUCGCCUUGCAAAGAAGUCGGUUAUAUGACUGAGUUUGAAGAUUUAUUGCAAGGAAACGAGAACUGGAAGAGCGAUUCCAUUGAACUGGAUAAGCAGGCCGUAAAAGUAUUUUGGGUUUGAUCAAUGUACAAAUUUAUAGCUUCCUAAUAACCUUUUUUAAUGUAUGUAACACGAGUAAGCUAGCAGGCAUCUAGCAGUUUUAUUAGAGUUUUGUGUACGGUUUUAAAAAAAAAAAAAAAAAUUUAAAAUUUUUGGAAGUGAAUAGUCCAAAUUUGUUGUCAUGAAUAAAAUUUCUCUGAAAUUAAUUUCAAUAUACAUGCAACCAAUUGUGUUGUCAAUUUUUAGUAUUAGUAUUUAUAUUGCCUUAGAAUAAGUUGACUAAUGAUUUUUUAACUUAACACAUUUUGUACUUUGUCGAAUAUUACUGAAAUAAAGUCAGAUUUGCGUAAUUUA